UGUGCAGAUUACUGAAAUAAUGGCGUCUGAGGCGAGGGAAACAUAGGCAAAUGGCUGUUGCCUAAAUUAACAAGAAAAGGGUGUCUCUCUCUUUACAGCACGAAAGGGGUGUAAUUUCCAUGCAGGCCAGCUCUGCCUUGAACAAUUCACAUCUUUACCCGUGCUGCAAUGUUACAGAGUUGCAUGGUCGUAUGGUUUCCAUAAAAAUAUGGCUUACCAAGGUUCCUCCUAUAGCCAUUACAAACCACAGAAUGUCACUCUGAAGGAAAGCAUGGACACACAGCUGCUGCCUUCCAAAGUGUUCAGUGAUGGCUCUGGCCCCACCCUGGACCCUGCUCUGCUGUACAGGUCCUGGUCAGUGUUCACCGAUGAUGUGAAGCCUGCUACAACCUUCCCAGAUGGUAACUUGUCCAGGCCCCAAGUCAACUUGACUUAUUCUGGAAAUGGCCCAGAUGUAUUUGGAAUGGUCUCCAGAAUCCUUGAAGAACCAAACCCUGAACAUCUUGGAGAUUGGAAUUCAUCUUCCAAGCUCUUUCCUCUAUGGGCUGCAGACAGUGACCACAUUGGCCAACAGGAGAACAUGGUACAAUUUGAAAAUGGCUCUUCUGAUAUUGGUAGCUUUUAUCAGGAUGAUUUUCAGAAGAUAGAAGGAGAUCACUUGGAAGACCUCUAUCAUGGUUUCCAGGGCCUUGACCUGAUGGACUCCUGGCUUCUAGGUGGUAAAGAUUCGGGUUUGGCCAGCCUGGACUCACGUUUCACUACUGGCUCUUGCAAUCAAGAAGCUCUGCUCAAAGGGCCCCCAUUUAGUGACAGGGAUAACUUUGGACUCAAUAAAAGCGAGUCCGACCCAUGCAUGCAAGAUGGCCAUCACGAGGUCCUUAAUGGAAGCCUUGAGAAGAUGUGCGGUGAGUUUGGCAUGUAUGCUUUUCAUAACCGUAGCAACAGCAACAACACACGGCUGCAGAAGGAGCUCAAAGUGGAACAGGGCAGUGAUAAAUUCUCAAAAUGUGGAAGCUCCUUUGCAUAUGACCCAAGCAGCCCACUUCAGAGAGAGAAAUGGACUCACACAAGCCAGCAAAGGCAAUACCCCUUUAGAGGUAAUGAGGAUUAUAAUGGGCAUCCACCACUGCAGAAGACGUUCUCCCCAUCCCAGAGUCACUAUGGCAUUCCACAUACCAAGGUGAAUGGAAGGACCUGGAAGGCAGAUGAAAGUCUCGGUCCAAAUCAGCAAAAUGGUUAUUUGUCAAGCAGAAAACUGUAUGAUCAGUGUGAGAUUAAUGCUGUUGACCCUUGCGAUUUUACCCCAGCUACAAACUUCCGAAAUACGGACUAUCUGCACCCAGGAAAAUAUGGCCUUGUCUGGUCAGAAGGGGAUGCACCAGGCUCUUCUUGGAAGUCCUGCUUGCAGAAUGGGAAGAGCUGCAGCCCUGGCCACAGCCCACAGAUGUCUUUGUCUGGAUUGUCUAACAUAUCCUGCAAUGGAAAGCUUGGUAAUCACCUGCUGACCCCUGGCCCCAAGCGGUCGUACCACUCCCAAACCUCCCCAGUCUCACCAGGAGGAAGGCAAGACCGCAGAGCCAAGCCAGGAGAGGGUCAUGGCUCCGGUGCGUGGCUCCAAGGUAUUACUCUUGGAAAUGCAAACUUGAAUACAUCUGCCAGUCAUUCCCGAUUGGAUUCGUCAGUCACCAAGGACCAUCACACCCAGCAUGGUUACCCAUGCAGCUGGUCUGGGGCCUCAGCAGGUGAGGAUCCUGACAAAUAUCUUUAUAACCGAACCAAGCACAGCCCAGAUGGCCAUGAUGAUGUCAAGGGAAUGAGGAAGAACAACUGCUUCCCUCCGUCUAAUGCGUGUGGUGGCUCCAGCCGGCACCAGUACAACAGUAACAACAACUACUGGCACAAAGAAGACCAAGAAAAGAACUGUGCUUCUGACUACAACUCCACUCACUUUUCACCCCCUUUCCAGCUGAUGACAGGAGACCUGAAGCAGAACCCCAGCCUGGCCCCUCUUGACCUGCAUGGCGGUGCUGGUGGAGGUGGAAACAGUGGAGGCUUCCCCUUGCCUCAGUCUGGAUUUCCGUUCUCUGACCUGAUGGAAAUGCUCCAGAGUGAAGACUUGAGCCACCUCAGCCCUUUUGUCACAGAACUGCUCAAUGGUGAUGUGCCACCCCCUUACUUUGGGUUCCCCCCACUCUUUAACAAGUACAGGCCCAUGAGGAAUCGCAGCGGCCCAGCCAAUGAGCUCCAUGUGCAGCUGGAGCUGUGUUAUGAGCAGUGGAGAACCCUGGAGAAGGAGAGGAAAAAGACUGAGGCAAAUUUAGCCAGAAACUUUCCUGGGAGAAGAGUUUCGAGCUCAAACAACUCUCCCAUUCCAUGUCUCCCGGCCAAUCCUUCCAGAGUGGAUCGUUUGAUUGUGGACCAGCUGAGAGAGCAAACUAGGGUUGUGGUGUUGGUUGGGAAGAUGGAACGUCUGCGCAGUGCUCCAGUCCACGCUAAUAUCACCACCACUCUGGAGCGCCACCUGGAGGCCAUUCGUUUCACCCAGCAAUGCCGUAAGGAUGAAAUUGUCAACACCGCCAACCGUCAGAGACAGGGAGCACCCAGAUACAGCGAUGAUAAAGAUGUGCUUGCCCUGGCAGCCGCGAUCAAGGAGUUGGCUACUCUGACCAGAAAGGCUCGCACCGCACUGUGGUGUGCCCUGCAGAUGACCCUGCCCAAAGGCGUGCUGGGGAUGGCAGUGCGCCAGGUGGAACUCGAGCGGGCCCUGCUGGAGCUCUGCAACCCCAGGGAGGGCAAGGCACAGGGGCUGGGCAGCCGUGAGACUCAACCGCCAGCAGGCUCGUCAGGUGACAUGAAGGAGGCCCGACCCAGAGGAGGCAGGGUGGCCAAGGCUGAGCUGGAGAUCAGGGCCGCCAACGAUCAGAGGACAGAGUGAGCCUAUUGUGGGAUACCUACACGCUUUAGCAUCCAGUCUUCUGGAAAACGCAUUGGGGUGACGUGUAUGUUUUUCAGUUCAAAAUUCGGAUUGUGUUUGCGUUUCUGUUAUUCGAGGCUAAAUUGAAUUAAGGCCAGUUUUAAUUUAGUUUUACUAACAUUGACAGAAUUGAUCAUUACAUUCAUUCUAGUGCUUGGCUGUUAGAACCUAUUGCAGUAUUUUUUAAAUGUGUUCUGAUAAUGGGUAAUCAUUUAUUUGCUGCACCUGUUCUGGUGUGUUUCCUUGUAUGCUCAGUGCCAUUAUAGCUGUAGAUGGUUGCAAAUUAACAUCUGCCCCACAAAUGUAAAGUUCUAGAUGCUCAGUGGUAAGUUGAAUCUAAUUUAGCCCUCAUCCAUAAAGUCUUAGCUGAAUCCACUGUCACGUGCCAAAAACAAAAUGGUUUGAAAUGGAAUGUAAAUACCAGGAACACCUUGGUUUUAACUUGACACACGAUUUGUGUUUUGUUUAUGCAUUUGUACCUUUCUACAGCCUUCCCAGUGGCAACAGCAUAUCUCCCCUGGCUUCUGUGUAGUAGUAUUUCUAAUGGUCCACACAAACGAAUCCCAUACUGGUAUUCUUCAUGUAAAUGUCCUACAAAGAAAUGCCUUUGCAGCAGAAAUGGUUAAUUACUACCGAUAUGCGUUUUUAACAUCUUACAGGGAUAUUAUUGAGUUUGAUGUGGUGGUACUAUAGAUAAUGGUAAAAGCAUUUAUUCUCAGGAUUAGCAUUUUGACUUACUAACCCCAUUGGUAAGUUGUUAAUAAAAAAAAAAAAAACGAUAUGACUUAUUAAGCACUUAAAUCUAUAUUUUUAUUAUGUUUAAGAAAUAUUCCAGAAGUAUUGCAUAUUUAUUUUAAUAAUUAAGAUUGCGUUAAAUCAUAAUAUAACGUUUAAUGGAUUUUGUUUGUCCACGUUUCUUAAUAGAUGAGAUUGAAUUAUUUACUCAGGAAAUUCUUGUAUAAUAUUUGGUUAUAUGUGCAAGAACCUUUUCAGAAAUCUAACUAUACUAAGUUACCAAAGUUGUUACUGUUUGUUUACUAGCUGAUCGUUAAUGCAUUACUUGUUUGUUACAUAUUUCACUGUAGCAGUACAAGCUAAGCAAAGUUUUGUACAAUAGCUUAGACAAUCACUAAGUUUGUAUGUCUUAAACUACACAAUUUGAAUGUAGAAAUAAGUUGUUUCCUCAAAACAUUUCACAAUGAAACAUUUUAACACUUUAACAAUAGUGUCAUGUAGGCUUUUGUUUUGUGUAAUUGUAUUGCUUUAAGUUUACUGGUUUUAGAUAUCUGGAAAUAUGUAAUGUUUUCUUGUGUGAAAUGCAGUUUAGAGCAGGGUUUCAAAAUACAACUUGCUUUAUUUUAACCAACAAAAAUAAUGCUUUGAUUCAAGAAAUAAGCUUGUGUGAAAAUCUAAAAGUGUUAAGGUUAUAAACAAAACCUUUUGUUUAUAACCUCAAAGCUUAAAGUACCACUGUAAUUAAAGAGCAAAGCACUUUUUUAUUUUCUUAAGUUUACCCCUACUUGUGUAAAAUGAAUGAACCCUGCCUAAAAAUAUGUGUUAAAAUGUAUACUUCACCAACACAAAAAUCAUCUCAUGGCCAUGGUCAAUGUAAUGAUGGCUGCCUAUUAUGAAGAGAUCCCUGGUUGUUUUGGUGCAAAACUAGAUGCCACCCUGUAUGUUUUUAUCAGUCAAGUUGGCUGAGGUAUUUUUGUGCAGGCCAUUGUGUGCAACUAUAAAUGUGUUCAUUAUAGUACUGUACCAGAAGAUGGUGUCUUCUACCUCUUUUUUUUUUUCUAUAGGAAACUGUUAUUUGAAAGAAAAUGUAUAAUUUUCUUUUUUGACCUUAAAACUCUAAAGCCCUUCAUUGAUAUCCUUUCAUGAUUUAUGUUCAGUCUGUUCCAUUUAAAUAUAAUCUGAAGGCUUUAAUUGCUUUUAGUAUCAUGUUGACAUCCAUUACCGACAUUUCAUUGAAUACGAAACUGCUUUUGCGCAUUAUACACAAGUGGAAUGCAUAUUGUUAUAAAUUGUGGAAACACAAAAGUACAGGAGGAAGCCCACUCUUUCGGUUGCCUUUAAUUCAAACUGGAAUAUAAUCAUCUGAUUUUUAUACUGUGAUUUCAAUAUGUGCCAUUAGGGUGUUUUGUCAGGAAUGUUUGUUAUUUUCUCACUUGAGAUAAAGAUGCUACGGCUUAGUACAGUUUGUUUUAUACACUACAUGAUUUGUAUGCAUUACUGUUGGUUCCGUUGUGCAGUUCACGUUAGACUGUUCUUUUUCUUCUUUUUUUUUUUUUUUUUUUUUUUAAAUGUGUUUGUCCAUAUGUAACCAGUAAGGUAAAUGAAUGUAUUUGAUCCUUUGUUCAUGUAGACCAGGAUUGUGUGUUUGUGUUUUUUAAGGCAUAUUAUGUGCCUUAUUUUAGUAUCCACAAAAUGGUUUAUGUGGGCACUACUCACAUUUUUCUGUUUUAGUUUUUUUGGGCAUUUGUGUCUAUUUUCUAUUCCAUACAAAAUGAUUGCCAUUUUAAUUUGUUUCUAUAGUACACAAGUUUGGUGUGUUUAGCAAAACUGUAGACAAUAUGUAGCAUGUUGAAUUUCAUUUAAAAAAGAAAGUUAAUAGUUAAAUCUAAGUGCAUGUUAUUGCAACAAGCUUAGGAGUUGCUUUGGUCGAGUGGGUGACACAAGCACGAGCAGUGUCUUUCAUUUGUUUUCCCUUAAUAUCCAUUUUUGAAUUUGUUUACAGAUUAUGUGUAGCUGGGCUGUGUAUUCAUGGGUGUGUGUCAUGGUAGGCAGUUUGAAUCCCUUAAAGUCUUAUGUUAAGUUGUUGAAAUCAAUAUUGAUCUAGUACAUUUAAAAAUGCAGUCAUACAUUAAGAAGGGGAAGUAAGACUUGAAACUUAUGAAUUCAAUGGGAAAUGUCGGGUUAUGCCAUAUUAAAUAAGUGGCCAUUUUUAUUUAAUUUUAUGCUUGGCUUUCAUACUUGCUGAGGUCAAUUGGUUUCAGAAUUUUAGUGAAGAGUUUUUUCUUUUGUUUAAAGCCAGCGUAUCUCUUGAGUCAAAUGUUUUGGACACACUGCCCAGUUUUUAGAGAAGUUUUUUUUUUUGUCAGUUUUCAUUGUAGCUGUUUCUACAAAAUUGGAGAAAAAAAAAAAAACCUGGUUAAUUGUGAAAUGAGGAUCAAAAACAUUGUUUGCAAGCAAAGGUGACAUUUCUGGACUUUGUUUGUCUAAACUAUCCUGUUUAAAAGUAAGCCUUUACAGAAUAGGCACUCGUGAUUUUACUUGAAUGCUGAUGAAGAUUUCUUUUACUUCAAUGUGAACUGACAGUAUAUACGUCUAAUUGCAAUACAAGCAACAAAUGAACAAGUGGCGGGUGUAACAAUGAUAUAGUUUUCAGACUGUAAUACUGUUAUUAAAAUGUUGGAGCAGUUGUAAUUUUAAGUUGGCUUCAUAAAUAUAUUUAAUGUAUUUGAAUGGAAACCGGCCACUCCGUUGCAUGCGUCUCCUGGUUUGAGUGGAAUAUCGUUUCAUUUUAGGGCAUGGGUAUGUAUAUUAUGGUAUCAAGGACAGUCCAGGGAUGUCUGAUUACAUGUUAAUUCCAUGAAGACUAAAGGAACAAUCCUGAUUUGUCCCUUAUGCAUGUAGAUUUGCUCAGUCUUUCUUUUCAAGUGGUAGAUUGUGAGAACCAACAAAUCUGGUUAAGCUUUCCAGAGAAUGCUUUGUUGUACCCCUGACCUGGCAACUCUUUAAGGUAAUACUUCUAUCAGGAUAAUCAGCCUUUAAUGGCAUAUACAAGUGGCAUGGAAUGUAUUUAUGCAAUAAUAUGUACAAAAAUGGUAAACUAAUUAGUAUGUUUCUUUUUUUUUUUUUUUUUAAUGAGACCAUGACUUGAUUUUUCAGAUUUAUCUUCAUUUCUUAUCCAGCUAGAGGCAGCAGGAAUGUAUUGGCUGACACCAAGCCUUUGCACACGCUAUGCUUCAUAACAAGAAAGGGAACUCAAAUGCGGGCUAAAUCUAAAGCAAUGCAUUUUAUUUCUGCAUGCUAAAAAGGAGACAAAAUCUGUUAUUUCAGCACUGUGACCAGCAGAGGGCAGUGUGAAGAGGCGAACUGCUGAGCGUUUGUUUCUUUGCUCUUUGCAUUCCGCUUACUGUAGGCCAUUCGGUUGUGUUCCGGGGUUUGAAGAGAUUUGGAAAUUAGGAUUAUUUUAUUUCUGGAUUGCACCUGGACUGGAAAGGGAACCUGCCAAGAAAUUAUGAAUAUUGUAUUAAAUAAGAAUUUGAUUCUCCAACUUACUGUGUGUCCAGACAAGAAUACGUAAGCAUACUUAAGCUCAAGGUAUUAGUUAAGCUCUUUUUUUUUUUUCCUGAAAACUUAAAAUUGCUGCUUCUUGUGUAGGUUCCAUGGACCAUAGGGAAUCCUCACUUUUGUUUUUAAUGACAUAAUAAUGAUCUGUUGCCAGAGUUCAGUUUUAGUUUGUACUCUUCAAGUGUACUGACCUAAUUUAUACAAGUAAUGGACAAUUUCCUUGUCUAGACUGGGUUGCAGAAUGGGGCUUCUAGCACUAUUUGCAGCACUGUCAUUUCGUAUUGGUGCAAAUGUUUUGCAGUAAAACCAUUCACAGUAAUUGUAUUCUGUGUUUUGUAGUUUAUAUCCCCCCCAGAAUGUAUUAAUCUAUUCGUUACAAAAGGCAGUGUGUGUUACCACUCAAAAGUAACAUAAGUUAUCGGAUUUCUUAGUCUCUCUGAUUCAUUUUGAAUCAUGUUUACUGUAGAUCCGUUCCUGUGAGACUUGUACAACCUUAUCAUUGUCCCCCAGUAUUAGAUUAAAAUAGUAAAGCACUGAAGUGUUGCUUUCUGUUUUAGUGUAGCUGCAUUUUGUUUUCUAUAGAUGUUUGGAUAAAAAGUAUAUUAUUAAUUUUUGAUACUUUUGCAAUUAGUUUUUUAUUUUUUUUAUACUGUAUUAUGUUCCCCUGUUCAGGUGAAUACUGUAUAUCAUCUUCAUCCUGUAGCCAGUGUUAGUAGUUUUGGGAUAGUUACUGGAGUAGCACAAAUCUUUGUGUUGCAGUGGAGAUAAUGGUGGGAUACUGUAAUUGGCUCUAAUGUGUAUCAGGGCGGGUAUCUUGCUGUGACAUGUAAUAAUGAUGAUUGAUUACAUGGCUUAUUUCCCAUUUUAUGCAUCCUGGUUUAAAGAAUAUGAAUAUGUUGCUGAUUUUACUGUGCAUCAAUAAGCCUUGACCAAUAAUUAACAAAUAAAGACUCAAAUUGGGGGACAAAAUAUAUCCCUUGUGGAUAUAGCCUAUUCAAAAAAUAUCCAUGUUCCAGUGGGCUGUUUUUGUAUAAUCUUUGAACAUUUCUUAGAUAUUUUGACAUGUUGAUAAGACCAAAUACUUUGGUUUUUGAGGCUGUUAAAAGAUGUUUGUGUACAAGAGUGAAACUGCUCAGAAUGUGGGGCAAAAAUACUAUAUCCCUAUUCUCAAGCCAACUUUUUUGUGUUGAUGGUAUUUGGCUGUACAGUAGUUGAUCCACAUUUGCCGCCUCAUGUUCAUUUCACGGUCCUCUAUUGGUUUACCAACCAAAGAGCUUAAUGUUGAGCAUCAUUGGACACCAUGCCUGUCUAACUCUUGCCUGAGCUUUCAUUUCCUUUUUGGUGAGUUGUUUUUGUUCUCAGACAAAAUGUCUUGCUUGUCGCCUCUACAUAGCCUGUGUGCUGGUUCACAAUUUGAUUCCAAGUUUUGAAUUUCUGUUUUUAUUUUGUUUUGUUGGGUUGCAAAGAUUUGAAUAUUAAGAAACCUGGUUAACAAUGUUCGAAGUAAUUUAGCACAUUUACUGACAAAAAUAACAAAUAAAACCAAUGUAUUACUUGA